CAAAUGAUGUUUGACCCCACCCACUUGUUAACAUACCUUGUAGCAUACCAUCCUGUCAUUAACAGUUCACUUAAGCACACACAGAAACUUCCUUUCAAUUUGCUUUUCUUGAACGCCUGCAAUUAUGUCGAUGCUAUUGUCAUUCACUGUGUGAUGUCAUUCGCCAGGUACCUGCGCUACAGGAAUGUCGCCCCGCACCUGAUCUGUCCCAGCACGGCAUACGCCUAAAUCAGCGUUGGGUCCAAAGCCUGUGAGCAAUCCCGAGCGAGGCGGCGGCGUCAGGAUGGCGUGCUGCUCGUCUUCAGACGAGGACAACAGCCGCAAGAUCAACCAAGAAAUAGAAAGGCAAAUUAAACUUGAUAAGCGUCAAGAGAAGCGUGUCAUAAAGCUCCUCUUUUUAGGGACGGCAGAGAGCGGGAAGAGCACUUUCAUCAAACAGAUGAGGAUCCUCCAUGGCAACGGCUACACCGAGGCCCAAAGGAAAGGCUUUGCUCGCUUGGUGUGCCAGAACAUCAUCACCGCCAUCCAGGCCCUCAUUGAGGCCAUGAGUGUUCUCCACAUAGACUAUGUCCACAACAGCAACAUCGACCUCGCAGAGAGGCUGAGCCAAGUCCAGCAAGAAAAGGUCAACAUGUUGAAUCCGUGGCAGGUGGACGCCAUCAAGAGACUGUGGGAGGAUCGCGGUCUUCAAAGAUGCUACCAGCGAAGAAGGGAAUUCCAUCUGUCCGACUCUGCCAAAUACUACCUUUGUGACUUGGACAGAAUCACCGCCCCGGGUUACAUCCCCAACCUGCAGGACAUCUUGAGGGUUCGUGUCCCCACCACGGGCAUCAUCGAGUACCCUUUUAACGUGAAAGGAGUUAUCUUCAGGAUGGUGGACGUGGGCGGUCAGCGAUCAGAAAGAAGGAAGUGGAUCCACUGUUUGGAGAACAUCACUUCCAUCGUCUUCCUGUCCGCCCUCAAUGAGUACGAUCAGGUCCUUCUGGAGGACCCGACACAUAAUAGAAUGGAGGACAGUCUUGCUUUGUUCGAGACGUUAGUCAAAUACCACUGGUUUAACGAAACCUCUUUCAUCCUCUUCCUGAACAAAAUCGACUUGCUGGAGGACAAAAUCGCACAGUCGGAUAUGGUCAGCCACUUCCCACAAUACAAGGGGCCUCGAGGGGAUGCCAAAAAAGCGAGAGAGUUCAUCCUGGAGCUUUUUAAGAUUGUGCACAAGGGCCACAAAAAGCCUCUCUACAUGCACUACACCUGCGCCACGGACACAAGCAACGCCAAAAUUGUCUUCAACGUCGUGAAGGACACGCUCUUCAGGGACAUCAUUCCCAUUUAGUCGUUGUGCAGACUCUUUGAAUGGACAUUGAUGUUGUGUUGGCGCUUAAACCAGCGCCAAGAAAAAGGCGGAGCAAGUUCUCACCUAGCUUCAGUUCCAAACUGGUUUGACAAAGUCAAAGGAGGAGUUCACCUGUGGGGAAUGCUCUAAUUUGUUGUAUUAUUACCAGGAAACAAAGACAGCAUGAUUGGAUUUACAAGUAAAAGGGGGACAUCAGUCCAUCUUCCAAAUAAGAUGAGCUCUAUUGUGUUCUACACCCAAAU